AUAAGAUUGUUGUACAGAAUAUUAAUGAACCGGUCAUUACGUUAUACAGUUCAAUUACUUAUUUCCCUCACCUUGUAAUGCUAAUUUGCGGAGGUUUUAAUAAUAAAACAGGAGCGAUAAUAUGUUACGUUCACGUCGAGUAGAAAAAACUGUUAGUUUAAAAUGUGUUGCUGGAGCCAUAAGUGUAUCUAGAUAUACAAUUCCAAAAUGGACGCUAUGUAUACAGUGCCUAAUACGAACUUGAAGGCAUUCGGGUUCCAGCAGAACACCACCAUGUUGCUGCUUAAUGCGUUAAAGAUAUAUUGGCGGACAGUCUUUGUUAUUGUCUAUCCAAUAUGUCUGAUGCCAAUCUUCCUGACGAACAACACCCCAGCUAUGAGAUGUAUGUUCGUCGUACUUCUUAUGUCAGGAUAUUGGGUGUGUGAAGUUUUGCCACUUGCCGUCACAUCCCUCAUCCCGAUGGUGCUGUUCCCGUUGAUGGGCGUCCUGGACUCGGACAAGGUCUCACUAUGUUACCUGAAGGAAACCAACAUGAUGUUCGUCGGAGGUCUCAUCAUAGCGAUUGCCAUCGAACAUUGUAAUCUCCACACCAGGUUAUCCUUGUACACGAUAAGACUGAUUGGUUGCAGUCCAAAGAGACUGAACCUAGGGCUGUGUUCUAUAACUAUGUUCGUAUCUAUGUGGAUCUCCAAUACAGCAGCUACUGCUAUGAUGAUACCGAUCAUAGAUGCUACCUUGAAAGCCUUGGAAGAGCAAGGUAUUGGCCAAAUGUGGGAAAAAGCAGACGAAUCAGAACUACCAAAAGCAGAGGGAGGAGGACUAGCAAUGGGAGGUGUAGAAGGCAAGAAACCAACCAAGACGACCAUGUGCAUGUUUAUAUCGACAGCUUAUGCAGCCAGCAUUGGUGGAUGCGGGUGUGUCAUUGGUUCCGGUACCAACAUGGCCUUUCAGGGUUUGUUCGAGACGCUUUUCCCGGAAAGUACAGAUUUUACUUUUACCAAAUGGAUGAUGUUCAACGUACCCAUAAUGAUAAUUAUCAUGUACGUGAGUGUGGUUUUCCUGCAGGUCUGGUUCAUGGGACUCUUCAGGCCAAAUUCUAAAGAUGCUAUAGACAAUAGAGUUGGGAAAGAGGGAGAAGCCAUAGCAAGGAAAAUGAUCAACCAACAAAUAGAAGAGAUGGGACCAAUGAGUUUUCACGAGAUUUGCGUUGCAAUUUUAUUUGUUAUAGCUAUCGGCUUAUGGUUCUUCAGAAGUCCGCAGUUCAUGCCGGGCUGGGCGGAAUUCAUAACCAAAACAAAGGUUUUUUACAUGAUACCCGUGCCGGGCUGAUUUCCGUAAGAUAAGAGACGCAACACCAGCUCUAGUAGUCUGUAUGUUCUUGUUCAUCCUGCCAGCCAACUAUGACUUCAUUUACAUGUUUAGUAAAGAUGAAAACAAGAGGCCUAAGCAGUCCGCCCCAUCGUUAGUUUCAUGGAAAUUGGUCCAACAACGAAUGCCAUGGGGCCUGAUUUUUCUACUGGGAGGUGGAUUCGCGAUGGCCGAAGCAUCAAAGAAAAGUGGAAUGAGCUCUUUAAUUGCAGAACAGUUGAAGGACUUUGCAAAUUUAGACAUUGUCUACGUAAUGAUGAUCUCAGGCCUGAUGGGAGCCUUCCUGACACAAUUCUCUAGCAACGUGGCUGUGGCAACUGUUAUUUUACCAGUGUUGUCGGAAAUAUCUGUGGUAGCGAAAAAGCACCCGAUGAGUUUAAUGAUGCCAGCCGCUCUAUGCUGUUCUUAUGCCUACUGUUUGCCUGUGUCGACGCCCCCAAAUGCCAUCGCGGCUGCUCCGUGUAACAUGCCUACCAUUGAAAUGGUUAAGGUACGCAUUUUUUCCAAUGAAUUCGAAUAGGUUAGGAGCCUAGUCCAUAUGUUUACUUUGCAUUGUUUGUCGCCAAGUUUGCUUAGUUUUAGUGUAUACUUUUGACUCAUUUGUCUACCGGCGCCUAUGGAAGUGACAGCGUUCAACAUCAUAAUAAUAGCAGCAGAAACAUAUAUUAGACUUGUGUCGCUCUUUGCAAGUUAUCUUCAAACACUCGCAUUUUUUUUUUAAAUAACACUUAGGGCCGUACCGUCAGUUGUUCCUACAAUUGUGGGACGCCCUUAUGGCCUCCUUGAUUGUCAUAGUCUUUUCUCUCCUUCCAGAAUUUCUAGAUUGCAC